AUGAUUAAAGUAGAUUUACAGAAGGCCUAUGAUUCUGUUGAAUGGGUCUUUCUUGAGCAAGUAAUGGAGGGUAUUGGUUUCCCAGCUAAGUUCUCCAAGUGGAUCAUGACUUGUGUUAAAAUAGCCAACUACUCAAUACUGGUUAAUAGAGAACCAUGCCAAGAACCAUUUGAUGCUGCUAAAGGGCUCAGGCAAGGAGACCCUAUAUCUCCUUUCCUAUUUGUACUGGCCAUGGAAUAUUUAAGUAGAAGCUUGAACUUGUUAAAAGAGAAGAAAGAGUUUAAAUACCAUCCUAAAUGUGCCAAACUUGGUAUUACCCACCUUAGAUUUACAGAUGAUUUGCUCUUGUUUGCUAGAGGUGACCUAAAUGCAGUAUCUUGCCUUCAAAACAAUUUCCUUCAAUUUUCUACUGCCUCUGCUUUGCAAGCUAAUAUGGACAAGAGCUCAGUUAUUUUGGAGGGGUCACAUUGCAGAAUAGAGUGGUGA